CAUAUAAAUACAGUGAGAUAUAAGAAGCCAGCUACACUUUGCUCCUUAUCAACCAGGCUCGAUCGGAGAUAUUUAUCCAAACCGAAAGAUGACAGGAUCUCAUUUCUGUAAGUGCACCACAUUGGAUUUUUUUUCCUGUUGUCAUGACACUGGCGCAAACCUAUAAGACUCAUGUGCUGAAGGCGCUUUUUUUGUCCCGUCUUGCAGACUUCGCCAGUUGUGUGCUGCUGCUGACCCUGAGCUGGCGCACAUCUAGCGGACUCCCGCUGAGCGCACGGGGCGCGCAGGAGUGCGGAGACUGCGCUCUGCUCCUCAGGGAACUCCUGCAGAGUAUCCCGAAGCUUCUCAGCAGCGAUGUUUUGUUUUAUGGCAUCAAUCUCAAUCGAUCCGAUUGGCUUAAAAUGCCGGUUAGGGAAGAUGAGACGACACUGGCCUGCGCCCCCACUUUGACUCAGGGCUCAAGCUGCACGAUGCAAAGAAAUUCAUCUUUCAGUGAGAGCGAAUGUCUGAGCAACAUCGGAAAGGACUUGGCAUUUUAUGCUGCUGCCCUGAAGUCCUACCGCAAAUUACAGCUCAGGAAACAAGAGGAAGAAGUUUCACUUCUUAGCCCGACUCUGGAAAUAAUACAGUGCCUGUGGGAGACCUGCCCACUGAUGCAGAAUGGAGAGAACUACUUCUCAGAGGAGGCUGCCCGGUUGUGGGAAAGGAACCCCUUCAGUGACAGGCUGCAGAUGCAUAAGAUAAUGUUGGGCUUCUAUGUCCGAACCAUCACCAUCAACCGUGCAAUGGGUUACAUCGCCUCAGGAGACCACAGGAAGUAAACAACCUGCAACCUGAUAACCGCCAUCCCCAUCGUUCCAACCACAAUGUCUCCACUUCAUUUAUCACAACUGCAGGAGCCUUUCUAGUUAUUUGCUGACCAAGUAUAUUGCUGUACACUGCACAUGCUGCAGAACACUAUUUAUUUGAGAUUUAUUUAUUACAUUUAUUUAUUUAUUUAUUCAUUUGAAGUGCCUAUAUUGUGUUAUUUAUUGGUAUUUGUAAUGAAGUAUUUUUUUAGUAUGAAGUGCUGAAGUGGAAGUGAUAUUUGUAUGGAACUGGGUGCAAAUGAAAAUGGAACAUAAAUUAAGUACAAAGACACUUGCUCUUGUUUUUUUAAGAGUUAACAGUUGCUUAAUUACACAAUUCUUUGACGAGACACUGGAAACAAUAGCAAAGAAAUGCAGGCCGGAUAUUUGGUGGCAACUGCUCAAAGCGGGCGUAACUUUCCUUCCCUUUCACCUGUCAAAAGAUUGAAGACACAAAGCUUCCAGCUGUUCAAACAACAUUCAAACUGAAGGAAAGUACUCAACAUUUGCUGUGAGUGUAGCCGCUGAGCCCAUGUUCCAUGUUUUAAGUAUCAUCAUUAACCAAUUCAUGGCUUACAUCUCCUCAGGAGACCACAGGGAGUAAACCUGCUGCAACCUUAUUAUAUAAUAAUAUAUUAUAUAUAAUAUAUAUAUAUAUAUAUAACAAAAAACACCAUAUUUCCAUUUUAUUUCAUCACAACUCAAAAGGUUUUAUUCAGUCAACGUUUGCUUAUUACAAUUAUUCCACAAUUCCUUGUAGAGACUCACACAUGAUAGAAAUAACUGAUUUUUGGUGGUAAGUUGUUUGAGGGAAGAAACCCUCUUCUCUAAAUGUAAACAUUACCGCUUCAUAUCGGCACGGAAGACAGAGAUGUCUAGAAUCAGUGUCACACGAAAAUGUGUUAAAUGUUUGCAAAUGCAUCAGAGUUUUUUGUGUGAAAUAAACCUUAAAAACAUGAAAAAAAAAAGAAUAGAACACAGGUAGAAAAGUUCAACUCAAACCUGCAUCCAAAUGCUGGCAAAAUGUUUGUAUACAACAUUUAUAGUAAAACAAGUUGUGUGUUUGUGUCACUGGGCGGAAGUCAAUCAAAAUGCAAGUUAAGAUGAACAUAAUUAAGGACCUCUAGCAACUCCUUUAGCUUCCGAGUUGUCAAAAAAAA